UCCGUUGAUCAAAUAAUCAUUCAAAGAACAUUUUGUAUAUAUUGUCAAAUAAAAUUAGUAACGUAAAUCAAAAUAUACAACAAUUGAAACUAAAAAUUAAAGAAUAACUUAAUCAUAAAUAAGUUUAGUUAUAUGAUAAAUAAAUAUAUAUUAAAAUAUUUUUAAUAAUAUAAAUUAAUUGAACUAGUGAUUUAUCCUAAAAUCAUGGAAAAUGUAAUAAAUAAGCGAAAUCAAUUCUUAAAUAAUAGUAUAGAUAGAUAGUUUAAAUUAAAUUACAUUUUGUAAAUAAAAACCAAAAAUAUCCUUGAGAAGUCUGUAGAUAUUAAUAUACUGUUGUUAUUGUUACUGAUUUGAUGAGAGUUAAUUUUUACAACUUAAACUGUAAAAUUUAGUUAUAAUAAACAAACUAUAUAUUAUAUAUAAUAUAAAUUAGAUAAAAAAAAUAACAAAAAGUAUAUCAACUCUCAAACUAAAUUUUACAAAAAAAAAAAAGAAUUCCACACUUUAGAAGCGUGGAUUAGAAUCUAGUUUGUAAUAUUAAAAGCAAAUCUAAGCAAUUUUAAAAAGUUGCUAUUUUAAUUAAUUAAUAUUUUUUUGAGAAAACGAUUCUGACUUUUGUCAUUUGUAUCCUAUUUUAUAAGCUAAAAGAUUAAAUUCGAAAAGUAAUUUUACAAUAACUAGUUUUCCCUCUCCACAAGAGUGUAUGACAUUGGUUUUACAUGAAUAAGUUUCCAAAUUGUUUUUACAAAAUACGUUUUUUAUGUAAAUAUAAUAUUAUUUAUCAUUCUUUGUGUAUAUAGUGAUUAUUCUAGUCAAUUUUUUUUUUGUUUUUGAUCAUUCUAGUCAAAUUUUAUAAUACUACAAAACUAUUUUUAGAUUUGUCCAUCAAUUAAAAUUCUAAAAACGGUUGAGAUAAUUGUGGGAAUGGUUGAGAUUAUUUUUAUCUACAUAGAUAAAUGCUAAAACCGUAAACAGAGGUUCAGUUUUGACCGUCUCAACAAAAAAAUGGAUAAAAAGGAAUCGAUAAGCCCUGAUUCGAAUCGUUAGUUUUCAGUCGAUAAAAAAAUUAGAGGCUACAAUGACUGACCGUGUUAUCCGUCACACAAAGAGACUACCACAGUCUAGAUGUUCCCCUUUCACUAAUGGGACUACUGAUGAUGUCAGCAAAGAGAAGGAGCAGAAAGAAGAAGCUGUGCGACUCGGAGUUGAGCUCUCCCUCUUUAUGGCUGAAGCAAUGUUCAUAUUAUCCGAUGACAGACGUUCUAUGACGUACUUCUGUUUUUUGACAUUGUUUAAAACAAAGAUGGAUCGUCGUGGUCCCGCGGUAAGACGAUUGUACCGUGUCAUACAACAAGUGUAUGCAACAUAUAUCAAACCCAAGAAUCUCGUCUACAUCGAUGGCGGAAAAUCCACUCAAUCAAAACUGAUGGGGACGUUUCGACAAGAUUUUGUUUCUGCCAUCAGAGGUUUAGCUCACAUUGUUUCCACUCUCGAAAUUGGUUGCCUGGUGAAACCGUCUGUUUUUGAGCAAUACAACCAAGAGCUGAAGAAGCUAGAGGAGAAUUUGGGGUCUGUCAAGGAUGUUUCAGAGGCAAAUGGGUUUGCUAGGGAAGCAAUAGAGUCUGAGAUUCUUCCCCGGUGGAAGUCUCUCUUUGAAACAAAUUCUCAAGUGAUAAAACUUGAUAAGACUAUUAAUAGGGAGCUACUUAGGCCUCUCUUGAACGAAUUGAACAAGGAGAUUUGUGCUCGUAGUCUUAGGGGCUAUUAUUGGUUUGUGAGUUUAGAAGAUUUUUGAUGAUUUUUAUUGUAAAAACAAUUUAACUAAUUUUAAAAGAAUUUAGAUUUUCUUAAAAUA